CUAACGUCAAGUUGUGUGAAGCCACUCUGUUUCUGUAUAUAACAGAAACGCUAAAGACGAAACUAAAAAAGAUAAGAAUUAUAAUAAGCUUACUUUCCCUUCCAUUUUCAAUUGCAUGUUUUCAUGUAACGGUCUAUUGCUCUUUUGUCUUCGAUUUUGGAUCUCUAUAGGAUUCUUCAAAUUUUGUAGAAUAUAAACAAAAAAAAUGGCGAAGAAACCGAAGCAUCAUCUCCGUCAUCAUCAGCCGCGUAGGUCUUUAUCGAUGCAAGCUUUCACAGUUCUCAUACUUGUGCUUUUCGUCAUUCUGAUCCUUCUCUGUCUCGGAAUUCUUUCACUACCGAGCAUCACCAAUAACUCUUCUAGGCCGAUGGAUUUGACCAACGUUGUACAAACGAUCGAGGAGAGUAGCGAGAGUUAUGGAGACGAAGAAGACAGUAAUGGUGACCGCUGGGUCGAAGUUAUCUCGUGGGAGCCUAGAGCUUUCGUUUACCACAAUUUCUUGACAAAUGAAGAAUGUGAGCACUUGAUUAGCCUCGCGAAACCUAGUAUGGUGAAGUCAAAAGUAGUAGAUGUGAAAACCGGAAAGAGCAAAGACAGCAGAGCACGAACCAGUUCAGGAACUUUUCUUAAGAGAGGACAUGACGAAAUCGUGGAAGAUAUUGAGAAUAGGAUUUCAGAUUUCACCUUCAUUCCUAUAGAAAAUGGAGAAGGGCUACAAGUUCUCCAUUAUGAAGUUGGGCAGAAAUAUGAACCUCACCACGACUACUUCUUUGAUGAGUUCAACACCAGGAAAGGAGGGCAAAGAAUUGCUACACUUCUUAUGUACCUCUCGGACGUUGAAGAAGGCGGCGAAACAGUUUUCCCAUCUGCCAAAGGAAACGUUAGUGAUGUCCCAUGGUGGGACGAGCUCUCACAGUGUGGCAAAACAGGACUCUCUGUUUUACCAAAGAAGAGAGAUGCUUUACUUUUCUGGAGUAUGAAGCCUGACGCGGCUCUAGACCCUUCUAGUUUGCAUGGUGAGAGAGAGAGAGGUGGUUGUCCAGUGAUCAAAGGAAACAAGUGGUCAUCAACUAAGUGGUUUCACGUUCACGAGUACAAGGCUUGAAUAAAAAAAAUAAGCUUUUGAAGAGGUUCCUAGCUACGAUCCCACACAAACAUGUACUAUAGUAUAUGUGUGUAUCAUUGUCAGUUUUGCUGUACCAGCAAAAUAGCCUUCUGGCCUUUAAAUUAGAACUUGCUUUGAUACAUAAUAUAAAUUUAAAUAAUUGUACACGAACAAUUUUUCUUUUGGUGUGUGAGAAUCCCUACGAAUAAUAAUAGUAAUUAACAACUAAUAACAAUAGAAAAACUAUCUAUUGAAUUCCUGUUUA